AAAAAAAAAAAAAAACCACAAAGCAAAGCAUGAACGGACAACUCAGAACCUUUGCACUUGUUCAGCUUCAACUCAGCUACUCAACGACGCCAAAAUCCACACCGCACACUGCUUCUCUUCUCUUAAGGGGUUGUAUCCAUGGUGGUUCUUGAUGAUGAGUGUGAACUUCUCUCUCAAUUUUCUCACAGGGUGAAGUGGAAAAGUCUUGAGGGUGACAGUGGAGCAUGACAGUGGCUUUGGCGGAGCAGAUGGUGAGGGUGCACCAGCGAAAGCUAUGAUGCCCAAGUCACAAGACAGAGGUGAGUGAAAAAAUGAAUGGAUGAAUACCUGUUGAAGAAAGGACAUCUUAUAUAGUGUGGAAUCUGGCAGGAAAAAUGGUUGUUCUGUUAUCAAGCACGUGGCAAGUUGGUCAUUCUUACACGUGGUGACGUGGCAAGGAGAUAAGUGGAUGAGGGGAAAUGGAAUGUCAUCAUGUGCAGGUCGGGUGAUAGAUGUCGGUUAAGUUAAGAUCGAUGGCGGCCAGGUGAUGUGAAACCUAUGGCAGUAAAGUGAAGGCAGAAUAUGGCCAGCACACGUAGUUUGGUUUCUUUACACUGAAAUUCAGUAAGAGAUUUGGAAAACUGGCAUAAUGGAAGACAACGAUUCUUACAUAAGGAGAUGGGAGGAUCUGGACAUAGAUAUUUUGGUGAAGAUUUUUCAGUUGCUUGACAUUUUUGAGUUGACAUCCGGCAUCUCUCGUGUUUGUAGUGCAUGGCGCAUGGCAUGCUGUGAUCCACUUCUCUGGAAAACACUAGAUUUAUCAAUGUUAAGAUCUAACUUCAUCAAGAUCCCAUUAGAGCCAUUUGUUUAUGUUGAUGGACGAUCUGAUAGGACGUUAACGCGUAUAUUGAAGAUUUCCCUGAGCCUCAGCCAGCAGAGUAUAAUGACUUUGAUCUUCCAUUUCAACUUGUACGUAAGUGAUGAACAGUUGACAUACACUGCUGAAAGGUGCCCACAGCUCAGGCGACUCGUUCUGCCAGCUUGGAACAGAAUCAAGAAACCAGGAAUGUGCAAAGCCAUUCGUGGCUGGAAAGAGUUAGAGUCCCUGACAAUGCCUAGUAUAGCAAAUCCACCAUAUAUUUUGGAGGAAAUCUCAACACACUGCAAGAACUUUAGUGAACUCAAGAUCAUGGGGCCAUGUGACAUUUUCUUUGUUUCAUCACUUGCUGCUUUUCUUCCAAAAUUACGAAUCUUGAGCCUUCGAUGCUCCAUGCUAUAUAAGGAUGUUCUCAUUCUCAUCCUUGACAACUUACAACACUUGGAAGUGCUCAACAUAUCACAUUGUGUUCUGAUGGAAGCCCUCCCAGCUCCUCAACAAAAAAGAAUCAUUAAAGAAAUUGAUGUGACUAUUCGUCAGAAGGCUUCUCGAUUACGUGAAUUUCUCACAUGCAUGGAAGACUCGUGUGUCAUGUGCCAACGAACAAGAACUGAUGAAGGACUGAUUAGGUGGUACAAGUACGAGGAAGGGCUUUGGAAAACAGAUGAGGUGAGGUCUCUCUCACUUUAAGCAAACGGAAGUGAUCUGAUAGUGAUCUAGUUGUUACUGCUUAUGUCACAUUUUCUGUUGUUAAGUAAUGCUGCUACCUUAAAUGUAGAUUCAAAUAAACAAAGUUUAAUUCUUACAAAUGAAUGCUGUUGCACCCUUUAGGAGUUAGCCAAAUCUUGUAACUGUAUAUAGGAAUAAUAAGUUUUGUUUCUGUAGUUGGUUUCAUUUUGAGAAGUGUUUUAAAUCAUGAAAAUUUGACAAGACUUAUGGUUCUUUAUAGAAUAUAAGGAGAUUAGUUUUUGGCCA